UGUUUGUCCCACAGUGCAGCGCUGACCACAAUUCCAAUUGGAAGUUUAAUAUUAUUCAACUUUAUAGUCCAAUUGGCAACAAGGAUUACGAUCAACAUGUUCUUCAAGCUGCUCUUCGUCUCCUGUCUGGUUGUGGCUUUGGCCAAGCCACAGCAUCAGCAAGCUGCCCAGUAUCCGGCUGGUGUCAAUCCACAGGACUGCCCCAACUUCCCGCUCUGUGAUAAUGCACGCCUGCACAAUCCGCAAUCGCAGUGGCAGCAGCCGCAACCCCAGUGGCAGCCACAGCCCCAGUGGCAGCAGCCCCAGCCACAAUGGCAGCCGCAGCCGCAGUGGCAGCAACCGCAGCAACCUCAGUGGCAGCCACAGCCCAGCUGGAACGCUGCACCCGCACCAGCGCCCGGUGGUGGAGACAAAUAUCCAGCUGGCAUCAAUCCACAAACCUGCCCCAAUUAUCCCUACUGCGAUGUGAAUGCCGGCCAUGCCGCAACGCCUGUUGCCGCGCCACCACUGCCCGGCUGGUCGGAGCGUCUCUAUCCCGCUGGUGUCUCCCCACAGCAGUGCCCCAACUUCCCCUACUGCCACUAAUGGCAGCAUCUCUUCCGUCUCUACAUACCCCUUCUCAAUCUCUGCGCGAACCUUUCCUCAUUUAGCUUCCUUCUAGUUCUCAACUUUUGAAAUUCUUGUUCUUGUUGGCGUCAAAUAAUAAACAGAAAG